AUGAAGUUAAGCAAUCUUGCUGUCACUCUGGUGACAUGUGUCACCACCGCCAACGCACAUGUCGCCUUGUGGGAUAAAGGCAUGUUUGGGCUAAAUUACCCAUAUCAAGCCAAUGAUCCGCAGAAUAACAAUUACAACAACAACGAACCCGUCAACCCCUUGAGACAGACCGACGCCCGUACCACCGCACAAUGGUUCGGACAUGGUUUAUUGGGGUAUCCUCCCAAGUCAGGGGAUUUUAUGACCCUUCCUUCAGGUGGAACAUACAAUGGGGAGGUCAGUUGCAAUCGUGGCCAAACGACCUUAGGUAAUCCAAAUGACACGACGGCCAAGUACAAGUAUGCGUGUAAACCUGAUAACGGGCAGUACUCCGGUGUAGGAGCAUUACACGUGAUGAACACUUAUAAUGGUACCGUCGACAACAAGUGGUUUGGAGGGACCGCCUUAGCUAUAGCUUAUACCUCCGAUGUCAACAAUCUGAAACCCAACGAUUUCACUGUGAUCAGUGUGAACCAGAACUCUGUAUGGGAGCGACAAAUCAGCUAUAAGAUUCCAUCGGGGAUGCCACCUUGCCCUUCCGGCGGAUGUCUCUGUUCGUGGAACUGGAUACAUCAAGGUGGACAUGGGGAAGGUUAUCCAUACGAGAUCUACAAUGUCAUCUACCGAUGUACAGUGACUGGUUCGACGAAUUCUGCCAACAAAGUCCAGAGAGGCGCGAUCCCCAACAAAUGUGAUGGAAAUCCUUCGAACUGCGUCAAAGGACCCAAGACUCCUAUGUAUCUCUGGCAAGCCGAUGGCAACAAUCUUCCAAACCUCGAUGAUCCACCUCUUUACCGAGACAAUUGGGGAUUUGCUGAUGGUGCACAGAACGACAUCUUCACCCCAGCCGCGACCCCUGCGACUACGUCAAACCCUAAACCAUCCGCCACUUCCUUACCUUCCGGAUGGUCAUCGGUCGGCUGUAUGGUCGACAACACCAACUCUCGAGCUCUUCCCGGUGUUUCAUCCACCAACGCCAACAACAACACCAUCCAGGGGUGUGUGUCUUCAUGUGCGAGUAAAGGAUACCUUUUCGCGGGAGUGGAGUACGGACAGGAAUGUUGGUGUAGUAACACCGCCACCUUGACCUCUGCAGCAAGUACCGACUGUAAUAUGGUUUGUCCCGGUGAUAUUUGGAGUACCUGCGGUGGCAGUAGUAGAAUCAACGUCUAUCAAAGUGCGAAUGCUCCUACAAAUGGUCAACCGACUCCCUUACCCGACUCGUCGUUACCCUCAGGCUGGUCAAGUCUCGGUUGUAUGGUCGAUGAUCAAUCGAAUCGAGCUCUGAAUGGAGGUUCCACUACGUCUUCAAGCAAUACGGUUCAGUCCUGUAUCGCCUCAUGUGCAUCCAAGGGUUUCAUCUAUGCUGGUGUAGAGUAUGGUCAAGAGUGCUGGUGUGGAAAGACUGCUCGUCUAACUGCUGCAAGCUCAGGAUGUGAUGUAGCGUGUAGUGGAGACAAGUCUCACGUUUGUGGAGGAAGUAAUCGACUCAAUGUUUAUGUUGCCAAGUCUGCUACAAGCAGCUCAUCAUCUUCCACCUCUUCUGUCAAACCUACGACCGCCACUUCGACCUCCAAAGCACCCGUUACAACUUCGACUACAAGCAAAGCCGCCACUUCGACCUCCAAAGCACCUGUCACAACCUCGACUACUACGAGCAAAGCCGCUACGUCGACUACCACUUCCAAAGCAUCUACCACCACUGCGAAGGCCACUUCGACCUCUUCAUCCGCACCAUCGGCAACCACUUCCUUGCCAGCAGGAUGGGUAUCUCGAGGCUGUUACGUAGAUUCGUCCUCAGCACGUGUAUUAGACGGUAACGUAUUCGAGUCCCAGUCGAAUAUGACAUACGCCUCCUGCAUCAAUAUCUGUACUGGGAAAGGAUACUCGUAUGCUGGAUUAGAAUAUGGUUCUCAGUGUUUCUGUGGCAACAACCUCGUCAAGCCUACGUCCGUAACCACCGGCUGUGACAAACCUUGUGCGGGUGACUCCAAGGCCAUGUGUGGUGGAUAUAACAGGAUCACCGUCUUACAAAAGACUUCGACAGUUAAAGCUAGACAUGAGUGGUCACCUAGAGGUGGUAGGCGUCAUAAUUGA